AUGGGUGGUGUCACCGUUCGCGAUGUGGACGCGCAGAAGUUCAUCGCUGCCUACUCUGCUUUCCUGAAGCGUCAGGGCAAGCUCCCCAUCCCUGGAUGGGUUGACACUGUCAAGACUUCUUGCUCCAACGAGCUCCCUCCCCAGGACGCCGACUGGUACUACGUCCGCGCCGCUGCCGUUGCCCGUCACAUCUACAUGCGCAAGACCGUCGGUGUUGGCCGCCUGCGCAAGGUCCACGGCUCGACCAAGAACCGUGGCUCCCGCCCCAACCACCACGUCGACGCCUCCGGCUCCGUUGACCGCAAGGUCAUCCAGUCUCUUGAGAAGAUCGGUGUCCUUGAGUACGACGAGGAGAAGGGCGGUCGCCGCAUCACCCAGGCCGGCCAGCGGGAUCUUGACCGGAUUGCCAAGACCACCGUCGACGAGGAGGAGGAGGACGAGGAGUAA